AUGGGAAAAGCUGCCAAGACACUUGAAAAGGAGGGAAUCCAAUGUAAUAUGACUCUAAUUUUCUUCUUUGUUCAGGCUGUUACGUGUGCAGAAGCGAGUGACAAUAAUCUCCAUAUGCCGGUAGAAUUUUCGAUUGAUAUACAAAAAAUACCAAUAAAACCUACAAUUCUUGGAAGAUCCUGGUGUCAUUUCCUUGACCAAAAAUUAUAA